CGGGGGUUUACUGAAGAAUCUGGCAACUCGGCAUACAACAAAGGAAAACUAGCGUAAUCAUUACGCGCGUUUAUUUUUGCCUUGUUUUUAUUAUUUACGCAACGUAGUCUAGUUUUAUACUUCCGUUUGUCUGACUACGGCCUUAUGCUCCACGACUGAUAAAGCAUGGCUGAACAAAGUUAAACGCACGGCGUGGAUCCUAACAGACUGAUCAUCCUUGCUAGGGUCCUCAGUGACCCCAGAGAGAAUGCACCGCUGUGGGGACAAAGACUUCCAGACAUCGACCAGAAAAAUGGGCACAUCGUUGCUCUUCCAGCUGUCAGGUCAUGAACGAGAGCUGGACCUGGUGUUCCUGGACCACAGCUACGCCAAACCCUGGAACGCACAUCCAGACGCCAGCAGCGCCCGGCCCACCAGAGCGCUGUUCGUCACCGAUCGUCGUCGGCAGCCCGAUGGCCCAUCAGAGUCGGAUGCGGUGCUGGAUAUUGAGACAGUCACUCCCACACCCAUCCCCCUGUAUGAUAACCAGAAAGCCCGGAGUGUGAUGAAGGAAUGCGAGAGACACGUCUUAUUUGCUCGAACCAUUGCUGAUAAUCCCCCGCCCCCCGACGACUGGGAGGACCACGUCAACAAAACUGGGUGGUCCUUGGUGCAGAACAAGUUGUUCAAUAAACUGCUUAAAGCGCUGCAGACCGAACGCCUAGCCCGGCUCGCCAACGAAAAUGCCUGCAAUGAACCAGUCUUGCGUAGGAUUGCUGUGGAUAAGUGUGCCAGGAAAGUGCGUCAUGCGCUAGCUAGUGUCAACUGGGACACAAAGCUGACUCAGUGGUUGCACACUACCUUGAUCGAGUCCUUGAGCCUCGCCAUGCUCGCUGCCUAUCUGGAUGUUCUCCAGACCCUCAAAAGCAAGCUGCCAUCCCUGAUUGACAGGAUGCUGCAGACGUCCUCUGCCAAGAGCGGAGCGGCUGGUGCUGAGGCCCUCUCGCUGUUACUGAAACGUCCCUGGGACCCAGCUGUGGGGGUUCUGUCCCAUAACAAACCGAGCAAGCUCCCUGGCUCCCCCCUCAUCCUGAUCGCCCCCUCAGGCCCCACCAACCCUGCCCUUUCCACCUCCCGGAGAAUGAGGUUCUGGCAAUCUCAGCUCUCUUGUCUCGGAAAGGUCAUUCCAGUGAACACCCAUGUAAACAGUGGAUCAAAUGUUGGGAUUAAUCAAUGUCUGGAGCACAUGUUGGGGACCGUGAGGGCAAAAGUCAUGGAGGUUCACAGCCAUUUCCCUCUCAAACCCAUUGUCCUGGUGGGGUGGAAUGUAGGAGCUCUUAUUGCCUGUCAUGUCUCGCUGAUGGAGUAUCUGACGGCUGUGGUGUGUCUGGGCUUUCCCCUUCUAACUGUCAAUGGACCAAGAGGGGAUGUGGACGACACGCUGCUGGACAUGAAUACGCCGGUGCUGUUUGUGGUGGGGCAGAACGCCCUGCAGUGCAGCACGGAGGCCAUGGAGGAGUUCAGGGAGAGGCUGAGGGCCGACAACAGCAUGGUGGUGGUGGGAGGGGCUGACGACUACCUCAGGAUCAACUCAACCAAAAUGAAAACGGAGGGACUCACUCAGACCAUGGUGGAUCGCUGCCUGCAGGAUGAGAUAGCGGACUUCCUGUCUGUGGUGCUGACCCGGGCAGAGAGCCACAGCCACGGCUCAGGGGAGCUGAGGGACCUGGACACGGAGAAGAAGAGGAGGCCCCGGAGAGAGCUGCCCUUCGACCUGGAGCGGGGCCGGCCCUCGUCGCCGGCCAUGAGGCUCCCCAUCUCCCCCUCUGGCUCGGAGGAUCUUUCCAGCAUCUGCAGCAGUCCCACCUCCAGCCCCAAGCCCAAACCCUCCGGCCUCUCUCCAGCUCAGAAGUCCAGCCUGAUCACAGCCACACAGCUCCUCAAGACGCACAUGCAGCGCUCCGGCACCACGCUCACACACAAGCAGGCUCAAGCUCAGUUUGCAGCUUUUAUGAAACAAAACAUGCUUGUGAGGAAAAACCUUCCUCCGGGCACCCCUCCCUGUGUCUUUGUGCCCGUGUCCAGCGACCAGGCGGAGGGCAUGGACCGGGAUGAGUUCCGGCCCCACGGCAAGAGGAGGCAGACCCCCAGCCCCACGCCCGGCCGCGGCUCCAAGAAGGCCAAGAUCAAGGUCACCAUCGUAUCCCAAGGCGAGUCAGCAGGGGGCGCCCUCGCUUCUUCCACGCAGGAAGCCGGGGCCUCGGGGAGGCCAGUGACCAUGACGGUGGGCCAGACCGUGGCUGGGGCCAAGGAACUCUCCGGCCUCCUGACAGCUCAACGGUCUGCUAGUGUCUCAGAGGUGUCUAGUGGCCUGUCCGCAGGCCCCAGCUCUCUCGGCAGCGUGCAGUCUUGCAUGGUGUCGUUGUCCUCCGCACCAGCCCAGGGGCCGGCUCCUGCUACCUCCCAAGCGCCGUCCGCCAGCAGUCUGCUCCAAGGCCUAAGCUUCAGUCUACAGGAGAUCGUCACCAAAGCUCCUAGCUCUCCCGCCACAUCCGCAAGCACAGGCAGCACCCAGGUGAUGUCUGGGAGGACACAGGGCCAGGUGCUGAGCUCCAUCUGCAGCAGCACUCUGCUGCGAGCUGUGCCGGUGACCUCCGCAGGCGGCGUGUCCAAGACGACCGCCAUCCACCAGCUCCUCACCAACGGCGGCCUGGCCAAGCUGGCCAGCAGUCUGCCCGGUCUGGCCCACAUCAGCCACAGCCAGAGCGCCGGUACGUCUCGGACCGCCAAGCCCAGACGCCCGCGCUGAGCGCCCAGGGUUCAUUCCUCCAUGUGGUGGGGACACUAGGUCAGGGUGGUCCUGUCAGCCCCGCUACAGGAAGGGGCUGUCGGCUAUCGGAGCACAUAGCGACCCUGCGAGAGCGUAACCAAUGCUCUCGUCUUACAGUUGCACAGAUGCACAGCCCCGCUACGCAGGACGUAUUUUGUGUUGUUGUUUUCUCCUGAAUAUUUCUGUUUGGAAAGAGCCAUAACAUCUUAUAUGAUGUGAUGUCCAAACCUUAGUUUGACAGCUCCUGACUCAUCAUGUGAAGUGGAAGCGGACUGUAUGUGGAAUGCUUACAUGUUGGUUCAGCAGCAGCACAAUUUGAUUUAGGAGAACUGUUACCAUAGUGACAAAAGAAAACAGAGCGAUUUUGAUGGUAACAAAAAACGAGUAUCAAAAUGAUUUGAGCCAAAUGACAUUGUUUAUGUUUUCCAAGAUCUGUCCAUCUUGAGAGAUUCACCACUUUAUGUUUAAUGUGUUCAUUCUGUGUGCCUCUGCAUGUAACAUUUGGAAUCCUGUUCAUUAAAUCACGUUCAACAAGCACACAUUCUCAUUAUAAGAGAGAGCUUCACUCUGAGAUACUAGUGGGGUGCAAAGCCUUCCAGUUCCAAUCAUUGCAAUAAAAAGUUAAAUCCAAUCCAUGUUUUCUUCAUUUGAGUGUGCUAAAAUCGUUCCUCCAUUUUCAUGCUGUGCUUGCUUAUUGAACAUUGUCAUGUGUUCCAUCACGACCAUUAACGCCUUAACCAUUUAAUUUGCUUAGAGCUAAAACAAGAGCUUCAUUAUGACAGCCGUCUUGAGAAAUAUGAAAUGCAAAAUUAUAAUAUUAUAUUUUUUGUACUCCUUGUUGCUGCAUGUCCUUGUUACAAGCUUUUCCAGGACUGCAUGUCCAUCUUCUCCAGGUUGUGAUGAGGACUGCUGUCUUUAUAUUGUACUGCUUGUUACUGUAUGUCGAUCUUCUCCAGGUUAUGUUGAGAACUGCGCUAUGCGUCUUUAUAUUGUAAACCUUGUUACUGCAUGUCCAUCUUCUCCGGGUUGUGUUUAGGACUGCUGUGUCUUCACAUUGUACUCCUUGUUACUGCAUGUUCAUCUUCUCCAGGUUAUGCUGAGGACUGCUGUGUCUUUAUAUUGAACUCCUUGUUGCUGCAAGUCCAUCUUCUCCAGGUUUUGUUGAGGACUUCUGUGUCUUUAUAUUGAACUCCUUGUUGCUGCAUGUCCAUCUUCUCCAGGUUA